AUGCCUACACGGUCACACGGGAGACGAGGUCCACGGACACCGGAACCCAACACCACAUCCGCUGCGGCGCCAACCCCUCAGCCUCCUGCUCCUGCUGAAGAUCCAGAAUCGUCAGCAGCAGCAGCAGCAGCGACGCCUUCCGCUCCCAGCAACAUUCCCACGGGACCAUCACACACGGCUGCCCCCCGGCCCCUCGCGGUGCGCGGCGACCGUCUCUCCACAGGGGGGAUCCGGCCUCCCAAACUCUCCGAAGAAGAACUGACGGCCAAACUGGCGGCGGCGAAGGAACGGUCGCAGACGUUGGCGGCGGCGCACGCGCGGGCCCAGGCGGACGCGGCGAACUUUGAAGAGCGGGAACGCAAGGCGAAGGCGCGGCGGGAGCGGGACAUCAAGGACCGGCGCGCGAUGGAGGGCGAGAGGGAGAAGAACCGGCUGCGCAAGAUGGCGGGGCAGCUGGGGCGGGAGUGGGAUCGGGACAAGGACGAACUCCUGCAGCCGCAGCAGAUCAAUGGAAGAGGAGGAGGAGGAGGAGGUCGGAGGGGGUUUCCUCCUCCUUCUGGAGGGGCUGGCGGGGAAGGAGUCGAGGAGGAUAACGAUGAUUUGAGAAUGGGACGAGGUCGAGGCGGUCCGCGAGGAGGCUUCUCCGGCCACAAUGGAGACGGCUUCAAUCACCAGCAGGACCAACAGCUCGAUUUGUCCGGGGAAACAGACUUCCCUUCCCUGCCUGGCUCCAACACCACAAACACAGCCACUACCAAUACCACUACUACUCGAAAGGACCCUCCUGCCGACAGUGACGCGACCACCACCGACCCAGCCUCCUCCAAGCCGAAGCCGAAGCCGAAACCGAGUCGCUGGGCCUCUGGCGACGGAGGAGGAGGAUCCUGGGCGGAGCAGGUCGAGUCCAGCGAACUCAAUGCCGCCGACGAGAACAGGAGCUAG